CUGUAUGACGGUUUACAAGCCUGGGCAGGUAGCGGCUCCGCUUGAGAGAUUUAUUCUGGAUUGACGAAACUGUUGUUACCCUGUCUCCAUUUUACACGGUGUUUGGGAAAAGGUGUAGUAUUUGCUGUAAUGUAUAGUUGUUUUUAAUUAAAGAAGAAGACGUCAUUCGUAGCGACCAGCGCAUCUGCUUAAAUUAAAUUAUACGCUCGUUUGUCGAACAUGGACUCAGUUUUAUCGCGGACUGAGGAGUUUUGUGUACUUUUAAACUAACCGUUAUUUGAAGUCAUGGCCAGCGGCUUCCUGAAGACGUUUGUACAAACGUGCAAUUACCUCCAGGAGCCCCGUCAUGUAGCGAGGUUUCAGAGAUUUUGCGGCGUUAAGGGGACGUUUGCGGACAAACCGCAGGGCACCAGACUGACAGAGCAGGACUUGACCGGACUGAGGAAGAAGCGGGUCCAAAGCUCGGAUGUCACUUUCGGUAAUGGAGAAGCAGCAUCACGGCAACUUAACGGCACACAAGGUGACCCAAUCGCCGGGCCUGAAGGUCCAUCAACGGCAGCAAAUGUCCACCCAGACACCGUCAAGACAAUGCCCCUCCGGAGAAACUCUCUGACCGGAGACGUGGGUCAAGAGUUCCUGAUCCACAACAAGUUCCUCUUCUACCUGUUCACCUUCGGGACCGAGUUGGGCAACGAGAUGUUCUUCAUCAUCUUCUUCCCGUUUCUCUUCUGGAACAUCGACCCUCUGGUCAGUAGGAGGCUCAUCGUGGUCUGGGCCUGGAACCUGUUCGUGGGACAGUCGACCAAAGACAUGGUGCGUUGGUCCAGACCGGCGUCCCCUCCAGUGGUGAAGGUGGAGGUCUUCUACAACUCUGAGUACAGCAUGCCCUCCACACACGCCAUGACCGGAACAGCCAUACCUUUCUGUCUCUUCAUGCUGACCUACGGACGGUGGCAGUACCCCUUCCUGUUUGGCCUUUGUGUGGCUCUUAGCUGGAGUGUCCUGGUGUGUGUGAGCAGAGUCUACAUGGGAAUGCAUUCCAUUCUGGAGGUGAUCACUGGCUUUCUCUACAGCCUUCUUGUGCUGGCCUUUUUCAAUCCAAUUUUAGACCAGAUUGACACCUUCUACAUGACUGACCACUACGCUCCUCUGGUUAUUGUCAUCUCCCAUGUGGCCUUUGGACUUGUGGCUUUCUCCCUGGAUUCUUGGAGCACCUCUCGAGGUGAUACAGCUCAGUCUUUGGGCACCGGUGCCGGAGCUGCCCUGGCUACCUAUGUGAACUAUCAACUUGGGAUCCUGUCAGAUCCACCGGCGUCCUCUCUUCCUCUAACAUUUCCUCCACUCAGUGUGAGCUUGGUCGCCCUGUCCCUGCUGCGCUUCCUCCUAGGUGUUGUCGUCCUCCUGCUGACCAGAACGGUGAUGAAAGCGGUGACCAUUCCUUUCCUUUGUGGACUCUUUGGGCUGCCCGCCGACGAUGUGAGAAGGGCGAGGCAGCACAUGAAGGUGGAGCUGCCCUAUCGCUACAUUGUCUACAGUGUUGUGGGUUUCAAUUGUGUCUCUGUGGUGCCUCUCAUCUUUAGGGUCUUUCACCUCAUCUGAGUGUUGUGUUCAAACUGUCACUGCACUGCUGACACCGUUCACCUGUAGGUGACGACAACCAGCACUCGGAGACAUGCAGAUACUUUUACAGUCAUCAAGGACUACUUGCUUUGAUUUAGCUCUUUUUUUUUAAUCCAAUGAGAAGACCACAGUUGUGUUUUUAUACUUCCUUACACGUAGGUAGCUCUACAAAAAUACACAAAUGAACUAGACGUUUGCAUGUCUCUUUGUUGCUUGCAGAAUAAGUUGGUUAGAUAACGCCAACUUUCAAAGCCACAGCAGAUUAUCUUUCAUCUUACUGGUAUUUGCUGCCUCAUUUACCAGUAUACCUGACCCCACCUCCAUGUUGUCCACUCACUACAACCAAAGAUCAUUCCUGUUUUCCUCUUUUUGUAUAACAUCCAUAUGUCCUGACAUCGUGUCCUCUUUUUGUCGAUACCUUUGGUCUUGGUUUCCAUCUUUGAUCCUCCUCUGUCUUAGAAUCACAGAGGCAGGGCUCACAAGCUCUUUACUGCAGGAACCUUGUUAUUUUAUGCCUUGAAAUCUUAAAUGGUCUGUACUGACUGAACAUAGAGGUUUGCUGGUCUUUAAGACCAUCCAAACGUCACUGUAUCACCACUGCAUCUGAUUUUAGCACUUUUUUUCAACCUUGACCUUUUCAGGUUAAGAGACUAGAAGAAACAUUGAAAUGUAUGCCUAGUAUUAAAAUCACAACCUAAAGUUAAAAAGAGGAUGAGACAAACCCCUCCAGCAUAACUAUUCACAUUUUGUUUUUCUUUUUAUCAUUCGAACCUCCAGUAAACCUGCAGCCAAUAAUUACAAACCCAGCCUAAUUAUAAGAAUAAUUGUUGAAGAAUAUAAAUGAGUGUAUUAUAAUCCACUGUGUCCACCACGGAAGGAAGGAAGUGUAAGAAUAAACUUACAUUUUGAGAUGCAUAAGUUGUGGACACUGAGAAUACUGAGUCCAACAUUAACAGCUAUGACAUCACAUCCUCUUUCAUUUGUUAUUUAGGUUUAAACAGUCUAAAAAAAACUAAGUAUUCCACCUGUUCGGUGUCAUGGUAGUGUUUGUUUUUCACAUCCAUGGUCUGUGUUAUACUUAUUGUUACCUCCUAAUUCUUUUUUCUUGUUAGCACAAAUAUAAACCCAGUGUUGUUAAGACUUGAUUAGUUAGUGGGAAGAAUAUAAUGAAAAAUACAAAUAUUUUUGAUAAUUUAUUUUAUCAACUCGUAUGUUUGAAGUUGCUUGAGAAAAAAAAAGUUAUUACAAGACGUCUCAUAUGUUCUCUAUCACAGGUAAUAAAACAUGGACUUUUUGCACUUGUCCAAUUGUCAAAAGUGUUUUUUCCUGUUGUAAUUUAUUGUUAAAUGUUCAUAUCAGAGCUAAUGAAUAUUUGUAACUGAAAUGUUAAGAACUCUUGGCUGUUUUUGUUAUACAACAACUGAGUCUAAAAGAAUAAAGAAACAAUAAAAUAAUUGAAAAUAG